CCCUCCCUGGGACUCAGGAUCGGGGCGGGGCCACGGGCCCUGCGUUUGGGGGGGCAGCUGCAGGAGGGGGUGCGCGAGGAACAGCUGCUUGGGGAGGCCAGGCGUGAGGCGAGUUGUUGGGAGAGUGCGAAGGCGCGUGAAGGCCCAGCGCUGUGCCUGCGCGAGUUUGUCUCAGUUUGGAAGGUGUAUGGAUACAAGAGAGAAAUCUGGGCUGUAGGAGAGGGCUUUGGGCCUAAAUCAGGGCCUGGCAUGUGAAAGGGCCUCAGUAAACCUUUGCUGAGAGAAUGAUAAUAAUUCUUGAAGGUGGGACAAGGGAUCCCUGAGAAUGAUAUGGUUACUGCGGUGCAAGGGAGUGUUCUGAUUAAAAGGGUGAAGUUCAAGGGGGAAAUUGACUUGCAGGGCAUUGAAUUGAGGCUGAAUAUUGAAAGGGGAUUAUAAAGUAUGUGUAGGAAUUGGAUAAAUGCAGGAGGGAAGGAUGAUAAUUGUUGAGGAGGCUGCCAGGGAAACUGUAGGAAUGGGGUGCUGGUGGAAAGGGGUUAUAAGAACUGUUGCAGGGGCGUGGGAGUGCACCAGUAUGCCCAGUAGUGGGAAUUGCCCCUGGGAAGGUACUGGUGAGCAGAGGAGAAUAACAUUUGGAUCGAAAGAUACAUAAGAGGAGAGAGGUUCUGGAGAAGGAGGGAUGACUAGGAAGGGAAUAGUGAAGGGAGAAAGCCAGGGGAGAGUGGAAGGUGACAGCUGAGUCCUGGGGUGGGUGAAAUGGAAAACCCUUCAGGUGUGGCCUCCCAGAAGCAAGAAGGCUGGUCAGGAGAGGGCCCAUGUGGCCAUCCUGACCCUCCACUCCCACCCCUAGAUUCAUGGAACCCAAUGAAAUGCCUGUUGUCCACCACUGCCCUUCAGACUCUGCCCCAGGAAGUGAGACCAGAACCCCCCAGGGAAUGGAGCUUAUCCCCAAGAGAGCUGUCAGUCGCUCUCCAACCUGUGCCCGCUGCCGCAACCAUGGUGUCACUGCCCACCUGAAGGGCCACAAGCGCCUCUGCCUCUUUCAGGCUUGCGAGUGUCACAAAUGUGUCCUCAUCUUGGAGCGCCGAAGGGUCAUGGCUGCCCAGGUGGCCUUGCGUAGACAGCAGGAGGUACAACUAAAGAGACACUUGGCUCAGGGACUGAUGAGGAGAGGGGCAGCUCCUCCCAAAGCUCCCAGCUGUGUCAAGAAGGGAGUUGCUCAACCAGGCAUCCAUCCUGGAAAGGAGAACAUAGCACCCCAGCCUCAGACCCCCCAUAGGGCAGUCCCACUGGGACUGACACCCCCUGGCAAGGAGAACUCCUGGGGGCCUCUGCUGCUCAGCCGUCCCCCAGAAGCCUUGCCUUUGCCCUGGACUCCAAUGCCUCCGGGUCCUUGGAGCCCUGGACACUGGCUGUCUCCAGGCCUUUCCAUGCCAACCCCAGUGGUAUGCCGCUUAUUAUGCCAAGAACCUGCUGUCCCUCUGCAUCCUUUCCCAGGCUUUGACCCUGGCACUGCCCUCCGGCUGCCCACUCAUGGGCACCUCCCAACCUGCACAGGAUCUCGCCCAAUACUGACGGCUUCUCUUUCUGGAGAAUCCCAAGGGCCCUCUACCCUGCCCCAAACAUGCUCGACUCUGAUACUUCAACCCUGUGGCACCCCAGACCCUCUUCUGCCGCAGCCACAGGCCCCUGGAGCCUCUCGCCUGGCCUGGACCUCUGCCUCCUCAGAGCGGCAGCUGCAACAGGAGGCAGCCGAGGCUCUUGUGGGGCUGAAAGAUUCAUGUCAGACAUCUCGCCUGACUCCUUCUGGCCCCUCCAGUCCUGCCUGGAUCUCCCUGCUCCACCCUUGUGGCCCACCAGCUCCUGCUGGAGGAAGAGGAUUCCAGCCUGUUGGCCCCUCUCUCCGACCCAGUCCAGCCCCCUCCAUGGCUCUGCACAUUGGGCCUCUGGGGUCCAUCUCCCUCCUAAGCUAGAAGCCCAAAGGUGGAGGCCUUGCUGGUACAGGAGGUAACAGCCUGAAGGCAUUGCAUAUUUGGUAUUUUACAUAUGGAUUUAUGCAUGGAAUUGAAUGUAGUACAAGCUCCAGGCUUUUUUAAAGCUCUCUGGUGCUUUGUUAGCUUUUGGUUUCUUUUAUAGCAGGGGCAUUUCCUUGGCUAAAGGUGGAUAUUCUCUUACCCUCCUUGGUUCCUGGAACCUUUUAAAAUUCCCCAACAAAGAAAGAGUUGUGCUAUUUAGGCUAACCAGUAUCUAAACUGAUUUUUGCAUGAAUUCAUGUUCCAGGAUAUUUAUUUGACACAUGAUUCUGUACCUGUGCACUCAUGGCUGUCUCUAUGCAUGUGAAAACAGAAGUAUUUUCAUUUCCUGUCUAGGUUUGUGUGACUCAGCCUAGAAAUAAAGAAAUAAACAUAUUGUUUUACAUCACUUAGAUGUGAAGACUGUUUGUUACUGCAGCCUAACCUAUUCUAUCCUGACAGAAAGAACUUGUUCAAUUCAUUUCCCAAAGUGAAAAUCAGUUAUUAUUCAGUGACUACCACAAAUAUCUACAGACUUGGAUUUCUUAUUAUGUCCAGAUAAGAAAGAGUGGUAGAAGGGAGACAGUGGUUGAUUCACUAAUUCAAUAAUUGCCAGGUAUAGACAGAGAGGAGCACAGACUGAAAUACCUACAAGGCUAAGUGGAUCGUAUCAAUAAGUAAAGGAGGCCAGAGGAGCCCUAGAAAACUGAGAAAUGUAUACCCUACCUAUGGAGGCAGCUUCCCUUUUGGCCCUACCGCACUGUUGCCAGGCAGGAACGUGGGCUCAGUAUCGCCAUAUCUUCUGAUUUUUCAGUGGAAGCUGGAAGCCUAGAUUUCUUUGUAAAACGUCUUAAUUUUCAAAUGUUGGCUGUUUUCUUGUUCUUUUUUGUAAUCUCUAAUUCUUUUUUUUUUCUUUUUUUUUCUUUUUUUU